AGUUUUAAUUGCUUCCAAUGAGGUCAGCAAAGGUAUUUAUUGAAAAGCUCGGAAUAAAACGCUCCACACACAUACACACAAGCACACACUCGCUCACACAGAGAGAAAAUCCUCUUGCCUGUUGAUUUAUGGAAACAAUUAUGAUUCUGCUGGAGACUUUCUCAGCUGAGAAAUAGUUUGUAGCUACAGUAGAGAGGCUCAAGUUGCAGGAGGCAGACAACAGACAUGGAAUUCCUGUGUAUCCAGCUGUUAUCAACAGAACAAAAGUCAAGUAGCAAACAACAUUGCAGCAACUGAGUUUACUACAACCUGUUUUUAUUAGGAUAUACCAACAGAGAGUUGUUUUUGUUUUUGGUUUUAAAGGAGGAAUACUGCUUUGCUAUCAAGAACUAAAAGGAUAAGGCUAACAAUUUGCAAAGAGCAACUUCUCUUUCUUAAAUCAAUCUACAGCUCACAGACAGGAAGAGGUCAAUGACCUAGAAGAAACAAUCAACUCAAGAUUUAUUUCUCAUUAUGUUAUUCAUGAACACCCGGAGCACUACACUAUAAUGCACAAAUGGAUACUGACAUGGAUCCUGCCAACUUUGCUCUACAGAACGUGCUUUCACAUUUUCUGUCUAGUGGGCACCAUAUCUUUAGCUUGCAAUGACAUGACUCCAGAGCAAAUGGCUACAAAUGUGAACUGUUCCAGCCCCGAGCGACAUACAAGAAGUUAUGAUUACAUGGAAGGAGGGGAUAUAAGAGUGAGAAGACUCUUCUGUCGAACACAGUGGUAUCUGAGGAUUGAUAAACGUGGAAAAGUAAAAGGGACCCAAGAGAUGAAGAACAAUUACAAUAUCAUGGAGAUCAGGACAGUAGCAGUUGGAAUUGUGGCAAUCAAAGGGGUGGAGAGUGAAUAUUAUCUUGCAAUGAAUAAGGAAGGAAAACUCUAUGCAAAGAAAGAAUGCAAUGAAGAUUGCAAUUUCAAAGAAUUAAUUCUGGAAAACCAUUACAAUACAUAUGCAUCAGCUAAAUGGACACACAGUGGAGGAGAAAUGUUUGUUGCAUUGAACCAGAAGGGGUUUCCUGUAAGAGGGAAAAAAACAAAGAAAGAACAAAGAACAGCCCACUUUCUUCCUAUGGCGAUAACCUAACCCUGGGUAGCAUAUAAGAAACCAGUUCCAGCAGGGAGAUUUCUUUUAAGUGGACUGUUUUCUCUCUCCUUUUCUUUUCUUUUUCCUUUUUUUUUUUUUUUUUAAGUAACCAAGAAAGGCUGGAAAACUACUGAAAAACUGAUCAAGCUGGACUUGCGCAUUUAUGUUUAUUUUAAGAGACUGCAUUAAAGAAAGAUUUGAAAAAUAUACACAAAAAUCAGAUUUAGUAACUAAAAGUUGUAAAAAAUUGUAAAACUGGUUGUACAAUUAUGGUGUUAGUAAUAGUAAUUUUUUUCUUAAAUUAAUUUACCCUUAAGAGUCUGUUAGAUUUGAUUAUCUGAUAAUGAUUAUUUAAAUACCCCUAUCUGCUUAUAAAAUGGCUGCUAUAAUAAAAAUAAUAAUGCAGAUUAUCUUAUAUAAAAUAUGUCAGACCUAGAGGCUGCUGGAAUGAUUUGUCGGAUAAUCACAUUAACACUAACUAUGGAAGAAGAACAGUAUUUGAGGUGUUUUCUUGUAAGAAACAAUCUAUUGAAACUAAAAAGGAAGGAAUAAAAUUAUCAAAUAAUUCUAGUAUGGAACUGAAUCAGACAGGUAGUUUUUGAAAAGUAGAGGAUUAAGACAUGCUUUUAUCUAUCAAUAGAAAAAGAUUCCUAAUGUUGCUCAGACUGAAAAAAUAUUGUUAAAAUGAUGUUUUUAAAAAAUCUUGUAUAUAAAAUAGCAAUGAUGGUAAUACUGUACUUCAUCUCACUUGCCAUAAAAUAGCAUUUUAUAAACCCUGAAAGUAAAAACCAGAAAUCUUUUUUUCAAGUAACAUAUCUUUAGUAUAAUUCAUAUUUGGGAUUAUGGCUUUUAAUAACAUUAUCCCCACAAAUAUUCAUGCUUUUCCCCUGUGGUUACAGCAUUAAACUCUAUUUUAAGUUGUAUUUGAACUUUAUUGUUUUUUGUUAUUUAAGUUUAUGUUAUUUAUAAAAAGAUAAUCCUACUAUGCUGUAUCUGUUUCAUAUGCUUUCAAUUCUAAAGGAAUAACAGAACCGUCUGACUCAACUGUAUAGUCUCCCUCCCUCUCAUGACUGACACCAAGUCUAACACAUAGCACUUGGUCCAACAAAUCCUGGAUAGCAGACAAAAAUGACAGCCGACAGCAACGCUUACAAUAGAUGUCUUUCAAGGAACAAUGCAAAAAUGUGAAAAAUGUUUUGUCACAUACUCUUGCCAAUUAACUUGGAUCAUAUAAGUGAAAUCACUGCAGAAAAAAAGGACUUAGGAGAUCUUAGAAGUUAUAAUAUAUUUAAGUUCAUGAGUAGAAAAUAUAUUUCAAAAAUAUGCCUAUUUAAAAUUAGUAACUCUUUUAAAGCUCUAAGAAUUCCUGCAAUCCAAAAGAUGGCAGCAUUGAAAGAUUGAAAGUUGUUUUCCUGUUAGACAGCAAACACAUGGUGCCC